ACGUUAACACCGGAAGUGAGACGUUUGUUUCUGGUGUUUUCAGAAAACGCGAUAGCGUGUGGCAUAUUCAUUGAUAGAAAAGGCGCUGUUAUUCUGUUCAGCUUUUCUGCUCCCCUGUUUGUCGCUGUUAGGAAACAUACUUCGUUUUGAAACGAGACUUUUGUCUUAGUAUUCAAGCUGGCGAAGGAAACUGCUACCCAUAACUUAAAAUGUCACAGGCCACUAAACGCAAACAUGUUGUGAAGGAAGUUCUGGGAGACUUCAUCACUCCCACGGAGAACCAGCAGAUUGUGAAGGUGACUGGUAGCCGCGGUAACAACCUCCACGAAACGGUCACGGCUCAGGGCGAGACGUUCCUGGUUAGCAUGCCCACCAAGUUCCGCAAGAACAUCUGGAUCAAGAGAGGUGAUUAUGUCCUCGUGGAUCCUAUUGAAGAAGGGGAGAAGGUGAAGGCAGAGAUCAGCUUCAUUCUCUACAAAGAUCACAUUCAGUACCUGCAGAAACAGCAACUCUGGCCCGAGGGUUUUAUGGAGGAGCAGUCAUCGCAGGACAAGACGAGCAGCAAGAAAGAGGAGGUGGAAGGGAGAGAUGAUGAAGAGGAAGGAAGCGACUCCGAUGACGACGACAGUGACCUCUUUGUGAACACAAACCGCUGUAACUACCAGUACAGUGAGAGUGAAGAUGAGGACGACACUGAGGAGGAAGAAGACGAGGAGGAGGAGAAAAGGACAGAAAAUGGAUCAUAGCAGCUUGUGAGCUGGGAAGAUCCAGUGACUCUCCGACUGAUCUUGACUCCACGAUGAUUUCAAAUGUUUGUUCUUGUGCAACGGCUCCCUCUGCAGGCCAGCUGUGAGAGAACAGCCGAGGGCUGGAGUGGCUGGGCUCCUUCAGUGAACCUAAUUGUUGCUGUUUCUACCAAAACCAAUCUAAAACGUUCCAGUGAAACUUAAAUACGGCUA